UUAUCCGUCUUCGCCUCCACUUCCUGUGUUGUAGGUCCCCCUCCCCUGGCCUCAGUUUCCCCGGCCAUUCAAUAGGAGUAACCUCUGGAUUUCUUUGGGGGCGGAGAAGGGGCGUUGCUUCCAAAGGAGACCCUCUUCUCACCGCACCCCUCCCGGGCGGUGGCGAUCGCCGGGAGGGCCCUCGCAGGCCAGUGGCCGGGCGGCGGCCCGGCGGCGUCACUGUCACAGUCAGGGGAGGAGGCAAGGUCGCAGUCUGAGGCCCCCGCCUGGCCUCGGGCGGCGCUGCCGCGGCCUCGCCAACCGCCGGACCCCGCCCGGUGAGCCGCGCACCCGGGCGCAGCGGUGCCCACACUGGAGGCCGGGCGGCGGCGGGGGCGGCUCCAUGCGGUACACGUGUGGCGACGCGAUCGCGGGCCAGGUGAGCCGGUGCCAUGGGGCAGGCGGGCUGCAAGGGGCUCUACCAGUCGCUCUUCGACUACAAGACCGAGAAGUACGUCAUCGCCAAGAAUAAGAAGGUGGGCCUGCUCUACCGGCUGCUGCAGGUCUCCAUCCUGACCUACCUGGUGGUCUGGGUGUUCCUGGUGAAGAAGUGUUACCAAGACACGGACACAUCCCUGCAGAGCAGCAUCAUCACCAAAGUCAAGGGUGUGACCUUCACCAACACCUCAGAGCUUGGGGAGCGGCUCUGGGAUGUUGCCGACUAUGUCAUCCCACCCCAGGGAGAGAAUGUCUUCUUUGUAAUCACCAACCUGGUCGUGACCCCCAACCAGCGGCAGGAAACCUGUGCCGAGAGUGAAAGCAUUCCGGAUGCCUUGUGCUAUGAGGACAGCGACUGCCCUCCUGGGGAGCCUGUUGUGGCUGGAAACGGAGUGAGGACUGGCCGCUGCCUGCGGGCGGGGAGCGAGCAAAAGGGCACCUGUGAGAUCUUCGCCUGGUGCCCGGUGGAGACAAAGUCCAGGCCAGCGAAGCCAGUCCUGGGCGAAGCUGAAGACUUCACUGUUUACAUAAAGAACUUCAUUCGUUUCCCCAAAUUCAACUUCUCCAAGACAAAUGUGCUGGACACCACAGACAGAGCUUUCCUGAAGUCCUGUAAAUUUGGCCCCAAGGACCCCUACUGCCCCAUCUUCCGACUUGGGUCUGUGGUCAGCUGGACGGGGAGCAGCUUCCAGGAGAUAGCUGUGCAGGGUGGUGUGAUAGGAAUUCAGAUUGAAUGGGACUGUGAUCUUGAUAGAGCUCCCUCUGAAUGUUACCCUCGCUAUUAUUUUAACCGUCUGGACAACAGAUUUUCAGAAAACUCUCUUUCUUCUGGGUACAACUUCAGGUUUGCCAAGUAUUACCGAGACGCAGCUGGGGUGGAGCUCCGCACGCUGUUUAAAGCCUACGGGAUCCGCUUUGAUGUGAUGGUGAACGGCAAGGCAGGGAAGUUCAACAUCAUCCCCACAGUCAUCAACGUGGGCUCAGGGGUGGCGCUCAUGGGUGUGGUAACUUCCCGAGACAGGGGCCAUCUUCAGACAUCACUUUCUUAUGAUGGGGGUAAAUCAGAACACAGGCAUCUGGGGACACACUUGUGAAAUGAAGGUCUGGCCACCAGGGGAAUGGAAAGGUGAAUGUGGAGCAGCUGCAGAACCUGCAGACCGUGGAGGCAUAGCCAGAGCUGUUGGCUGACAGCAGAUUUGGUGAAGAUUUGAGGGCAGAACUGCCCACAGCUCUGAACUGGAAAGAGUCAUCGUCAUCCACAUGGGACGGGGCUUCCAGGCACAGCCCGCUCUCCUGCACUUUGGGAUCCUGCUACAAGCUUUUUGUUGUGUGUGUGCGGAGGGGAGCCUCCCAGUGGCCACAGUGGCUCAUGCAGAAGAGGCCCUGGGGAGGGGAAGGGUGGAGGGCAGGCCAAGGGCCUAGAGUGUUUUCAUUUUUCCUGAGAACUUAGUAGGGCAUUCAGUUAUUCAUUCACAUAACAAACACUGAUGCCUGCUGCGGGCUGGGCCCUGUCCAAAAGAUGCUUGAAUGAGACACUGACCUGGCCCCCAGGGAGGGGGCAUGCAUGUAAUUCCCUUCAGAGCCGACAGACAUGACAGCUGGGCCCAGGACUCUGGCCUUCCUCCAGCCUCUGAGACCUGCACAAAUCCCUAGAGCGAAUGAUGGCUCCUCAGAGAAGGACCUUGGCCAACACCCAAGGGGACAUGUGGCCUUGCCCCCAGGGGUGAAAUUUAAAGGUGGCCAAGGAGGCAACUGGGAAAGGACUGGACCUGUGAGGAGGCAGCUGGCCAUGAGGAAGGAGAGCCUCGGGAAGCUCAGGGGAUAGCGUCUCACCCAGAUGGGAGACACAUCUGCCUGUGUGGUUUGGCUCUCGCUGUUCUGUGGGGCUUGCAGUGUCCCUGCCCGGCUUCCCUCCCUGUCUCCUCUAGGGCUCCAUCUAAUGAGAUGAUGAAUGGCGCUCAGUCGUCAGGUGGAAACAGUUGUUACUAGGUUGGCCUUCAACCCCCUCCCUCAGUGGCUGUAAAGCACUGCUAUUAAAGUGUGGUCUGGACCAGCAGCAUCCGCAUCAUCUGGGAGCUUGUUAGAAAUGCAGUCUCAGGCCCCUCCCUCAUCCCCCUAAAUCAGAACCUGUAUUUCAGCAAGACUCCCAGGUGAUUCAUGCGCACGUGAAAGGUUGAGAAGCAGUGCUUGAGGAGAUAGCGCAAGCUACUUUGAGACCAAGCAGAUUCCCCCCUUCCCUCCCUCGGGAAAGUGGCAUUAUGCUCAAUUCAUUUAAAUUAAAAUAUUUUGGCUAGGUCAUACUUAAAUGACUCAAAAUUUAAGAGGUACAAAAGAACAGAAGUGAAAAGCUUCCCUCCCACCCGUUCCCGGAGGCAACCUGUGUUACCAAUUCCAAGAGGCUCACCUGUCUUGCUGAGAAUCCACUGGGUUACUCACGCCUUCCCUCAGGAAAUGAACUUUUCCUGCCGCCUGCAGUCAGACCAAGUCUCCUCUGUCAGAUGCAAGAGAAUAUGCUGGGCUAGGGAGCCGGCUGGCUGGCUCGCUUCUCCCGCUGCACUGGCUGAGGAGCCCCAGCGAAAACACAAGGGGAGGGGUCUAGAACUCAAUCAUGGUUGUUGAAACCAGCUGGCAGCCCAGGCCUGCAGUGCUGCCCGUCACCCAGCAAGC